UGUGCGCGUUUUGCCGAAGUACAGUAACAAAAUGGACUUGAUAAAAAGUUUAUAAUUUCAAUACACUACUAAAACUAAUAAAAAGUGAUAAAUCUAGUAAAAUGUCCAUUUAAUAUAAGUAUCCGGUGGAGAUCCGCUUAUUUGUGUAUUUACAGUUAUACGCGUAACACGUAUUUUGUGCAUCGAGUUCUCUGAGCAUUGAAUUAGGCCACAUAGCGAUCUCUCCCUAAAAUACCGCUGUUCUGGCUGUCGACGUAUCAAGCUAACUUUUGUGGCGGGAGAGUGAUGAGUAGAGAGUCCACGAGCUGGUGAUGUGAUGUCAUCAAAAGGGGAAACAGAGGCCGACUCUGGCACCGUGUCGCCAAAUUUAUCUGCAGUCAAAAAUGAACCGGUGGCGACAGUUAGCAAAGAAACUCCAAAAAGGGGUGGUACAUUGUUGAAAUGUACCACCUGCAACAGCUUUAGUACUUUAAGCAGCCGAGCGUUGACCAGCCACAUGGCCCAGUGUUCCCCCGACAACAACAACGUGGCGGGCGCGGCGGCGGCGGACGCGCGCCCCCACCGCAAGCUCUUCGAGUGCGAUGUAUGCAACAUGAAGUUCUCCAACGGCGCCAACAUGCGCCGCCACAAGAUGCGCCACACCGGCGUCAAACCCUACGAGUGCCGCGUCUGCCAAAAGCGGUUCUUCAGGAAAGACCACCUCGCGGAACACUUCACAACCCACACCAAGAGCUUGCCGUACCACUGUCCGAUAUGCAACCGAGGGUUCCAACGGCAGAUCGCGAUGCGCGCACAUUUCCAAAACGAACACGUCGGCCAACACGACCUCGUCAAAACUUGCCCCCUGUGCAGCUACCGCGCCCCCACUAUGAAGAGCCUCAGAGUCCACUUCUUUAACAGACACGGCAUAGACUUGGACAAUCCAGGGCCGGGCAACAACUCGGUGUCGCUCCUCGCCGCUGGCAUAGCCAACGCGGCGUACGCGGACGGCACGAUGGACCCGAGUGCUAUGAACGCGCUGGGCGCUCUUGGCUCGGGCCUGUCCGUGUCCGUGGCAGCUGCUUACUCCGACAGCGGUGAAAGCAACGGCGCUCGAUCAGUAGACAACGCCACACCACCCAUGCACUACCUGACGCCCCACGUAGAGAUAUCAAUGGCUGAUAACAACGAAACUUUCUCACCCGGACAGUCUAAUCACCAUAAUAACUCUGAUUCCCGCAUGAACGGCGAGGGCGGCAGCUCCCCGGCGUCCGGCGACAGCGCCGUGGCCAGCAGCUCGCUGUCCAGCCUGCCCGCCAACAUUACGCCCUCCAUCACGCUCAUACCCAUCAAGCAGGAGCCGAACGCGGAGGAGGGCGGCGCGGGGUGCGAGGGCGACGGCGGGGACAAGCGCGGCGUGUCGUCGAGCCUGUCGUCGCUGAUCAAGGUAUCGCCGCUCAAGAGCCUGCUGCGCGAGGACCUGCGCCGGCGCAUAUCGGCACGAGGGCGCGCUCGCGGCUCCAACGCGUCGCGCGCGUCUCCGUCGGAGGGCGGCGUGAUCACGUCGACGCACGGCGACGCCGCGCUGGCGCCGUCCUCGCUGGUGUGCACCUUCUGCGCCAUCACGUUCCCCGACUCGACGCUGUACUUCCUGCACAAGGGCUGCCACUGCGACUCCAACCCGUGGAAGUGCAACAUCUGCGGCGAGCAGUGCUGCAACGUCUACGAGUUCAACUCCCACCUGCUCAGCAAGAGUCACCAAUGACUGUUUGCAGGGGGGCCGUUCGACACUCACUGACUCUCAGUUCGAUCGUGCACUAUUCUUACUACGUGUGCAUAGCACGUCGCACUUCGAAUACUUCGCCUCUAUUCGUCCUCUAUCGUCCGACAUGGUACGUCUUUUGAUUUCAAUUUACGACUAGAACAGUUGCGUUGAAGUGCUUCGAGUAUGCUAUGCUGAACGUCCCCCCGGAGCUGUUUAUUUUUAAAAGUGCAAAUUACGUCAAGGUAUAUAUUUAGUGGUUAUACUAGUUAAAUGAGUGAAGAUAUUUAUAUGGAUAUUUCCUUAGUACUUAAAUGAAAAUGGGUAUGAAAUAAUUUUAAAAAUUAGUUCGAUAUGUGGAGUCUAACCCUCGGGUACAAAAUUUUUAAUAUAAUCGAAGGUUUUGUAAAUCGGCAGAGAUUAUAAUAACAUUCCAGAUCGGGACAAAUACAUUCCAUUGUGUAAGAUUUGACUUAAAAGUUCAAGUGUUUGGUGGGGAAGGAAGUGAGGUGACUACUUACUUAAAUUAUCAGAAGAUAUUUAUUUGUUACUUAAUUUGUUUACGGUACUUCACUGUACGCCGUGAUUUUAUAUAAUCAAAAUUAUAGAGUAUUUUGGUGCGAUAGUGAAUUCUACUAAUGUUAAAAAACUUAAUUACGGAGUAAAGUGUACAAAUUAAUAUAUUUUUACAUUUCACUGUUGACAAGUUAUAAAGAGGCAAAGCCUAAUAUUUCCGUGAUUAUUUAAUUAUUGUGAUCGUGUAAAGACAGGAAUUAUAAAUUCUACAUUCCAUUAUUAUUUGUUCUCUUAUAAAAUGCAUGUGAUGCAAGUCCACGACUAAUAUUUACUUGUUUAUUGUUAUUAUUAUUUAUUCAUCGAAAUCAUGUACUUAAAAGCUUAUUCUGUUUCUGGUCUCCAACAGAUAUGGUUGGUCAAUUUGUAAAUAAUGAAGCUCCUUUAGAAGGUCACUUGCUCAAUAUUCAGUAAGGCUCAAGUAUUGGAGCUCGCUUUAGGUGUAUUCACAUAUAACACGACUGUGUGCAUCAACUGGGGAGUCAAUUGACGUGCCUUCGAUUGAAGAUCUAAAUUCACUAGUAUUGUAUUACCAGCUUAUCUGUGAACACAUCUCAAGUGUUCUCGCACAAACGCAUAAUAUCUCGUGUCUUUGAUUUCUCAUCAAUUUGAGUAGGUAUGUGUGCUUAUAUUGGUGCAUUAUUAUUGUGUUUUACUUUAUAAAUGUUCGCUUUUUGACUUGUUUAAAUGUAUUUUAUUAAGUUUAUUUUUAAAAUGCUAUUCGAAAAUAUUAUUCUUUUAUCAAUGAGGGUCUUUCCAAUCGGCGUUCCCCAAAAACACAAUAGAUGGCGUUAUUCACUUUUAACGUGAUAAUUACCUAUUUUCUCAUUGCUGGGGUACAUAAUUAUUCGAAAAUUUAAUGUAAGUAAUGGCAGAAGCAUAUUUUAUAUAAAACUAAUAGUUGCUUGGUAUUUGGAACGUGGAACGUCGGUUGGAAAGACCCUGAUUAUAUUCCAAUUUUACGAAAGUCAAAAGUGCUCAACAUAUCGAUAUCGUUAUGUAUUUGAUUGUUCGAAUAAUAAUAUUUAUCAACAGCGGUAGUAUGGAAGUUUAUAGGGAUGAGUAUUUUAGUUUGGCAUAAUGUUGUAGAAAUCCCAUUAUGAUCGAAAACUUCUCGAACACGUAGCGGUCCAUUAUUGCGGAGGAAGUCAAUUAUUAUUUAGCAAAUUGACAUCCCGUCCAGGUGCGUUUAAUUAUGGUCUCAUUUUCCUUGAUACCUAUAUUAUAAUCAGGUAUAUCGCGUGAUGACAGCGUCCGUCGAUGGUCAAAGGUCAUCUUAAAUCUAACGCCUCAGCACCGGAGUUAUCUCACAUCAGAAUAAAGUUUUAAAUGUGUUACAUUUACAUACAGUACACUUUGAAUUACACUAGUUAAAUAGUUGUAUGCAGGCGAUACUGCGGGAGUGUUAGAUGUGCGGUGAGCAGUGUAUAGCUAGACGCUGACGGCAUGAAAUUAUAAUGUACUUAGUAUUCAUUAAUUUCCGUCGGGUGCAUUCCCGGUACUUAUCAUUCCGUUCCAUUUUAUUUUUUAAUUAAGUAAAACCGAAUCCUGAGAUUUACAUUCCUUUAGCUAAUAAGUACUUAAUAUCGGUUGUGGUCUUGCCUAUUAAGUUUACGAAAUUGACUUAGAUGGGACUGAAAUUAUGUUUACCAACGAAGUAUGUAAUGUAUUUUGUUUUGUUGCGACAAGUAGGCAGGCGGCGGCGACGCGCUUAUAGAGAGUUACCUAAAUCGAGCAACACACAUAUUUAUUUAGAGAUUCUUAUAUUUAUGCGUUUCCUUUGUUGUUUGUGUACAAUCGGACAUUUUGUUAAUUACAUUUUGGUCCCUGCCGCUUCGUCGCGGUUUAUAACUUAGCGUAAGUAGUUAUAUAAGAGCUAUUAAUUAUUAAUCGGUAACCCCAUUGGGCGCCUUUACUUAAUCCGUCCGUAUCUAACGAUAGAUAUUGCCUUUAAUAUUUAAUAGAGUAAUAUAUUUUAUAGAUUUUAGAUAUAAUUAAGAAAAGAUCUUAAGUAUAAAAAUGUUUACAGAAUUGCAGAGGUUUAAAGAUAUAGUUAUAGUUAUUUAUCUUCUACUAAGUAAAUGAUCUGCUCUGGUGAAAGAUCAGGCAGUGUUAUGUAAGACCAAUUCGUGAUACGUUCACAAAACAACACUGUUUCAUUUUUCAAUGGAGCAGAAUAACAUUGUUGAUUGUUGCAGUUGAACAUAAAUGUUAUGUCUCGUGUCCAACGACGCGCAGAUAUCGAAAAGUAUUGAAAGUUGUUUCAGAGGACAGAGCUGAGAACGUAAUAAGUAAUCUAUGUAUGAUAAAUACUUAAACAGUAUUUUUAAAUUAACAGUGAAUAACACAUAUUUGUUUCAAUUAUUCGGACAAAAUGAACAUAGAUUUGUACGUAAAACUUGUCCGAUCGUUUUGUCAAACAUUCCGGGAGUGGUUUGUCCACUUGGCAAUAAGUGGUUUGUUUGAUUGCAAUAGUUGAACUCUUUACAUGUCCACUUGAACUAGACAUUAGUAUCAACUGAGUGCUUACUUAGGUAUAGCGAUCCUCACCUUAAUACCAAAACACAGCUUACCAACAUUUUAAUUUGUUUUAAGUUGUUAUAUAUGUAAUGUUAUAAGAUAACUAAAAUAGCAUGGUUGAAAGCAAUUAUAUAUUUAUGAUGACUUUAAGAUUGAAAACAUCGUUGAUAUUUUACUGUUAUUUUUAUUACGUUAUAAUAACAGAAUUAAUAACAUAUUUUACUAAUAUUUAAAUAGUAAUAUUUGAGGAACCAGUCCGGAAUCCUGAGUGAUAGUUAAUAUAUCAAAUGUUAGCUGAUUGUGCCUUAGAUCAGUAUGAUAUAUAAAACAAUAAUAUAUAUAAAAAAAUGUUUUUGAAAUUAUUUAAAGUAUCAUAUUUAGAUGUGUGAAAUUACAAAUAUUGACACGAAAGCUGUAUAUUUACACUAUAAAGUAAUAUUUAUACAUACAUGUAGAAAAAUAUUUGCAAUAUGGCUGUUUUGCUUGUUUUUAUAAUAAAGUUUAUUUGCAGUUGAUUUACAGACAUUGUUCAUCUCGUCUGGUUACGAUGAUCUAAAAUUUUAAAGGAAUUAUGUAGUUCUAUUUAUUUACUUGUAAUAAUUUGGUAAAGGGUCUAAUAAAAUAUUAAUAAACGAUUAAGAAAUAA